CGAAUCCCUGGGGAGGAAAGUCGCAACGUCGCAAAGCUGCUUUGCUGUUUGGCGCCGUGCUCUUAUUUACUUACCAUUUCAUACGUGGAAAAUAGGGAGAGAGAAAAAACACUGAAUGGGAUUCUUUAGGGUUUCUUGUGAAGAGAUACAACGGGCUGCUUGGCUGGAUCUGGAGCUGGUAGAAAAGUCAUCUAGUAAAGAAAGCAAGACAAUAUGGGACCGGAAGAAGGACGCCAUUCCAAGAGUUUUCGGGUGGCUCUGCAUCUCUGUCCUCAGGAGCGCACUGGAGUAACAGAAGUGAGCAGAGCCUCUGUGAAAGUUGUGGGGCUGAACAGAGUGACUGUUGACACUGGCAGAGGCCACAGGGCUCAGGUUCUGGAUUUCGACGCCGUUUGGAACGAGGAGGCUUCUUCGAGAGACAUCUAUGAGUCGACUGCCAAGCCCUUGGUGGAGUAUCUUUUGAAGGGUUAUAAUGGCUGUUUGAUAACAUAUGGACCCUCCACCAGUGGGGAGUCUCAAACAGUUCACAACAGCGGUGAAAGGCAGAGGAACCUCAUCAGUUGUGCUGCUGACGACAUCUUUAACUCUACUGAUGCCUCGUACUGUAGAGUCCGAGUGUCUUUUUAUCAUGUCUCUAAUGAGAAGAUAUACGAUCUCCUGGAGUCCCAGGCCAGCGAGGUGUGCCGUAUCCAUGACACCGAGGAGAUGGUGCUGCUGGACGGCUUGAGAGAGGUGGAGGUGAGCUCUGCCCAGGAGCUGCUCAGGGUGUACUGCCGUGGUACUGCCCACAGGAACGCGGGUGUCUCCAAGGGUGAUUUUGCCAGCAAGUCUCACAUGGUGUUUAGUGUCACAGUCAUACACACGAGAGGGCACUCUGACAACGAAGGAGUUUUCAUAGCCAGCAAGCUCACUCUGGUAGAUCUUGCAAGUUCAGCUAAAUCUGAAUAUCAUAGCGCUACAGCUCCUGGUAUAAGGAGGGGUUUCCGUGUGGCUCCAGAGAACCCACAGGAAGCCAAAACGCUCAAACGCUCCCUCACGAUCUUCAGAAAUGUGAUAUUUUGUCUGAGUGCCACAGCCUGUCAGCAUGUUCCAUACAGAGAGUCUAAACUCACCCGUGCUUUGAGAGACUGUCUUGCUGGAAACUGUCGAACAUGUCUGCUGGUAACUCUGGCAACACAGUCAACCUCAGUCACUGAGACUAUAAGCUGCCUGCAAUUUGCGGCCCGAGCCAUGAAUGUUCCUUCACGAGUAAUACACACGUCACUCACACGCUACACAUCUGCUCAGGUACCAGAUGUGUGGACAACAGAGAAAAGAUCCACCCAUCUUCCUAGAGCGCAAGGUUGCCCACCAAUCACCACAGACAGAAGAUCUCAGCCCACCCUGCUUCCCAUCCUGGCUAAUCCUGGGCCCCUGCAGCCGCCCGGCUCCAAGUCCAGGUCCGGGUCCAGUGUGGUAGCGCUGGGUGGUUCCUUCUUCCCUUACCUGCAGCCGCUGAACGGCCACCUUGGCCAUGCAGUUGGCUUCAUGGAUGGGAGGUACACAGAUGCAAAUGUGUGUGUGGUGAAAGGUGUUGUGCCACGGUCACCACGCCUACCCUUCGGUGUCGCUCCAGAGAGAGACUCUGUGCUAACCUCCCACCAACACUACACCGUGAAGCACUCCUCAUCCUCAUCUUCAUCAUCACUUGUCUCCUCGCCUACCCUCGGCACUGUCAGCGAGUGUCUCAACUGCAGACAGGAGAGAAAGAUCAGGGAGGAGUACGACAAGUUCAUCAUUCAGGUGAAGAGGGACAGAGACUACCUGAGCGAGAGAGUGACGGAGCUGGAGAGGGAGCUGGAGAAUAGGGAACGACGAGAGGAGAGAGAGACCGGAAGAGAAGUGAGACAGGGGGAGAACGGAAGAGAAGUGAGACAGGGAGAGACCGGAAGAGAAGUGAGAAAGGGAGAGACUGGAAGAGAAGUGAGACAGGGGGAGACUGAGAAGUAA